AACAGAAAGGCUUGCAAAAAUUUGUGAUCUCAUGUUUGGUUUGGCUUUCUAUUACCUAACCUGUAUUUUCUUUCUAAUUUCCGCAAGGAAAACUCACUCGUAAUAUCCACGUCAAGAACCGAACAAAAUUGAAGGAUUUUUUUAAUGAAUAACGCAUUCAGUUGACGCUCUUGCUUUGUCUAUCCUCUCUUUCUUCUUCUUCUUCUUCGUCCAAAACGCAGGCACUGGCACUCUCCGCAAAAUUAGAUCUGUACCUUUUGGUCUGUAGCUCAACCUACACAUGGUAGUGCGGUUAAUCCCUUCGUGCCUGUUCUCGUCUCUGCAACCUGGUCAAACAAUCUGUCUUCCCAAACAAGUUGCAUUUAGAAAGUGUAGGAGAGAUAUGAAAAGGAGUUGCCUUAGAAGGCCUCAAAUAUUGCCUUGUGCUAAUGAAGAGGCGCUUGGCUCACGGGUGUUUGUGCUCUCGGACUUGCACACAGACUACUCCGAAAACAUGACAUGGGUGAAGGGGUUAUCAACAAUUGAACACAAAAAAGACGUUCUUCUUGUGGCAGGUGAUGUAGCAGAGACAUACAACUACUUUGUUCUGACCAUGUCCCUUUUGAAGGAUAGAUUUGACAAUGUUUUCUAUGUACCUGGAAAUCAUGAUCUUUGGUGCCGAGAGAAAGAUGAUUAUCCUGAUUCUCUUGAAAAGCUAGAUAGAUUGCUUGAUGCUUGUAGAGGACUUGGAGUGCUAACUAAUCCUGUGAUUAUAGAUGGCUUGGGAAUCAUCCCUUUGUUUUCUUGGUACCAUGAGAGCUUUGAUAGAGAAAAAGACAUAACUGGCUUUCGCAUUCCAUCAUUGGAGAUGGCAUGUAAAGACUUCCAUGCAUGCAAAUGGCCUGGAGAACUUUCAAAUGGUGACGCUUCCCUUGCUCUAUACUUCGACGCAAUGAAUGACAGAAAUCAGAAUACCAUCAAAGAAAUCCAGAGGAGCUGCACCCAAAUAAUUUCUUUCUCGCACUUUCUUCCUAGGCAAGAGCUAUGUCCAGAGAAGAGGAUGCUUUUCUAUCCUAAACUUCCAAAAAUUAUUGGCUCCGACUGUCUUGAGGCUCGAAUAAGAUCUAUACAUGGUGUUGAAGGAGGUGUAUCCAUGUGUCACGUGUUUGGUCAUACCCAUUUUUGCUGGGAUGCCGUACUGGACGGUAUCAGAUAUGUGCAGGCCCCAUUGGCUUAUCCAAGAGAACGCAAGAGGAGAAUGAAUGGAGGUGAAGACUGGCUACCCUUUUGCAUAUAUUCUAAUGGCGAAUUUGCAGACAGGCUUUCUCCUUGUUUCUGGUCUGAUUAUUACUCUGCAAACCCUAGAACACCUCAUAUUACUCGGCUCGCACCUUGGGUCGCUAGAUUCUAUGGCCAACCAUCAUAAAAACACGCGCAGGGGUGGACCUGCAAUGUUCACCCAUUGAUUUGCCUGUUUGUUCAGUUGUGAGGAAAGGACUGUAACACAUGUUGUUGCAUUAGGAUAAGCAAAUAUGUCCCAUUAGCAAUCAUUCUCUGCCCAACUGAUAUUCAUUAUCUCGUAUCUGCUUUCAUAUUUAUGUCAAUUGCCUUGAAAUUUCUUUACA